CAACAAUCAAUGCGACACCCGCUAUGGGUAUUCCUGGCCUUUGGGACAUUCUCGGCGAAGGCGAAGUGAAAUCUCUUGCACAGCUAUCAACAGAGCACUACAAAAAGCACAACCGGCCUCUCCGCGUAGCAAUCGACGAAGCAGGAUGGCGUUUCCACAAUUUGAACGACGCCCAAGUUGCUGCGAUUCGUCAAAAGGUGCCUGAAGCCAAUCCGAUAGAAAAAGCCAUUCUCUGGAGAGUGCUAAAGCUCAUGCGGAUGAAUAUUCAACCAAUCUUUAUCUUUGACGGACCUUCGAGACCAUGGAAGCGUGGUGGUGUUGCGGGAAGAAUUGAUUGGAAGAAGAUUGAUCUGUUGAGGAAGACGUUGGACCAUCUGAAGAUUCCCCAUCAUCGAGCACCGGCGGAGGCGGAGGCGGAAUGUGCGAGGUUGAAUGAGUUGGGCAUUGUGGAUGCUGUAUGGACCGAUGAUGGUGAUGCCUUGAUGUUCGGAGCCAAGGUGUUGAUCAAGGAGCACCGAGAGGGUAAGACUGCGAAGAAGAGUGACAACCUGGUCCGAAUCUACCGUGCAGAUGUCAUUGAGCAGAAGCACCGGAUUAACCGGCAAGGCCUCAUCUUGUUUGCUCUGCUGAGCGGUGGUGAUUAUGACACCAAAGGUCUACCAGGAUGCGGACCAAUGGCUGCGCUGGAAGCAGCACAAUUCGACAAUGGCAGACUGGGCAAGAUACUCUGCGAAACACCACUGCGACAGCUACAUUGUUUCACCGAGUCAUUACGAACCUACUUUCAAAUGCCUGGAAGCAGAAAUGUCUACGUGCCGCCUGGCUAUCCGCGAGAUCUGCAUGUCAAGAACUAUCGCGAGCCAAAGGUAUCAACAGUAGAGCAAGCGAACGAUCUCAGAGGCCUCAAGAAGGGCUGGAAUGUACCGGUGGACGAGAAGAAGCUCCGUGUCUUCUUGCUGGAGAGGUUCAACUUCACGACCAGGGAGUAUAUUAAGCAUAUUCUCCCUGUUCAGUUGAUCAAGGAACUUGUCGCAACCACACCGGAAACUGUCAGCAAGAACUUGGUGUUCGAGAUCGAGCUGGUCCACAAACGAGGACGAGAUCACGAUGAGCAAUGCCUGGAGCGACAGGUCACAUUCAAUCCGAAACGAUGUACUGAAGAAAAUUGCUGGACGCAACCACCGAAUGAGGACUGGGAAGCACUGGCGACAAAGGCCAGUGGUGCUUUUGAUCCGACGAUUCCCGUUGAAGUGGAGUUUCUGGAUUAUGUUCUCGCUGGAGCGCUUGGAGAGACAGAGAUGCAACGACUGAAGGAGGCUGCCAGCCAGCCGAAGCCACGAAAGCGCAAGACUCAAGACAGUCAAGUCGAAGAUGGUAGUCAGACGGCAGCUGAGUCGGCAGACGCCACAAGUCAGUCAACAGCGAAGAAGCAGAAGAAGCGAGCCAAAAGUACAACAGAUGUUGCGACUUCCUCAACCCAAGAAGUGGCAACGAGCCAAACCACGAUAGAACCUCCGACAAAGCGAAAGCCAUCCAAAAGACACGGCAAAGACAUUCCUCCCACAGUACCAGCGGACCAAGAAGUCCCAGACCCAACGCCACCGCCAGUAAAGAAGGGCUUCCAACUACCACGAGCACUCGUUCGCAACCCAUCUAUGCUUUCCGAGAUGUCCUCUCAAAGCAGUCAGACUCACUUGUCUCGAAGUGCUUCAUACCAGUCAGUCGAGUCUACUCCGAUGCUGAGUCGAGAGCCAUCCGGUCUCACAGCCUCGACAAGCUUCUCGAAUGGCCUGUCAUAUUCAGUUCAAGAUGUUGAUUUUGAGGACGUUCUGGAUCUGUCAGCCGCCCCUUCGCGAGCUGCCAGACCGAUGAGUUUUGCAAGGAACGGUCCGCCGAGCAGCCAACAUCAUCCAGAAGCUGGGUCUUGGACAGCGCGAUCGAUUACACCGCCUGACGGCUUGGUGUGGUCACCAUCGCCAGAGCCGACGAGGUUACCUGCUGUCCAGCCGUGCUUGCAAAAACCUGUUCAGAUGAAGUCUCAGCAGCGACCAGUUGCACCACCUUUGCCGAACAGGCAAGAGCCUGUAGUUGUUGAUUUGCUGGAUGACGAUGAAGACACACCGCGUCUUCAAGUACCGCCUGCACCGAAGCCUCACGUUCAAUCAGCCAUCCCGGCUCUUCAAUCAAACAUUCCCGCUCAGCCACCGCAAUCUGCUGUCCGACCAGAGCCGCUGGACCCAAGACAGCAAAUCGCCGCUGCACGACUCAAGCAUUUUGAGCAGAUGGCCAGGCAAGCUCCCAUUGAGAGCAAAGUGUUGCCGGCUGGACCGGAGAAAGUACACGAGACCAUUGACCUCACCCUCGACGAUUGAGUGCUUCUUACACUCGUGGGAGUUAUCAAAAAUCAAGAUAAUUCUUGGACCUGGCAAGAUACCCGACGAGAGUUGGCUGAGAAAGCAGACUCGUUGCGUGAGGUAGCAAGUAGAUGUAGCAACAGAGCCAAUGAAUUCAAAAAACAAUCCAGACAAGGCGGUAGGUAUGG